CUGUAUAGGCGAGUCAAAUGCUGCACAACUUAUAUGAAGCCCAUACUUCGUGACCUCUACCCUAAAUUAGAACUCGAGCACAGGCUGUAUCACGGGAGCAAAUUCAUUUUAGUUCGGCGCACGCUGCGUUGUUUUAGCUGUACUUGCAAUAUCCUUUGGAAAUUUAUUACAUAAGUGCUCGCUAGCUACGGAACAGGCCCAGGCGCGUUCGCGCGCUUAUUUUGAGAUUCUCGCGAAUUCUUAGCUUCAAGCGUUUGAAGCUUUAGCGGCAGCAGUAAUGGGCAAGCGCAAGGGAGGCAGCAAACCUCCACCGAAGAAGGCCCGCGCGAAGCUGGACACGCUUUUCUCGUGCCCUUUCUGCAACAGCAGCAAGUCCGUAUCUAUCAACUUCGACCGCGAUAUGGGGCGAGCCACGGCCAAGUGCUCACAGUGCAGCCAAAAGUACGAGAGCCGAUGCACGCCGCUGACGGACGCCGUGGAUGUUUACCAUGACUGGUUAGACUCGUGCGAGGAGGCCAACAAGUAGUGGAAGGACCGUUGCGGAGGCGGGUGUAUCGACACGCGUUGACACUGCCGCCGUGGAGGCCUUGCGCGCACACUGACUUCAAAUUCAAGGACUGCGGGACGUCAUUAAGUGAGCAGCGCGGUGUCUUUUACCUGCAGCCGAGUGACAUUCUCUGUGCAGACGGAGCUGGGUGCUGGUGGCUUGCUGGCAUGGGCCCUUCAGACAGCCGUGAUACGAUAGGUAGAAGCUAUACCGCGCAGUCAGGAAUGCGGUGACAAUCGGUGAGCUGUGAGCUAAUGAGGGCCGUGUGGGCCGGAUCGGUGAGAGCGGAAUGGGGAUGGGGGUCAACUCGGUCGGAGACUCGAGCUACCUGAGCGCGAUAUGCAGUGCUAUGCAGUGAUGCGUGCAGUGUACGCCGGGUGCAUCUUGGGGUUGGUGCUUGCCGCUGAAGGGAGCGGACGGCAAACGGCAAGUUUGCAAGAGAGGCAAGAGCCAAUGUGGUGGGGAUGCCGUGGCAGGAUGCGCCUGGCGGGGGCGUUUUGAAGUGGAGGCUCAGACGAGCCUCUUGGCAUUUGGGUUGACUGUCAUUCGGGCAAUGUAACGUUUGUUUUUG